CUCGAGCGCCCGAGCAGAGGCACACCGAUCUCUGGCGGAGUCCUUACCGGAGACGGGAAUCGCGGGGUAAUCAAGAAGGCAGGCGGUAAACCAUCCCGGGCUAUAACGAUGGAACCGUAAAAUAAAUACGGAAGGGGGGAACAGGCUGGCUGUCACAGCAGAGUGAUAGAGAGACACGGAGAAAGACGAGGAGAGGAGAGAGGAGUCUGCCUCCAUGUCUGCUCCUGUCCCUUCCAGUCGGAGAUCUGCGUCUGGCUCACGCAGAUUCAACCCUCUGAAUCCUCUGCAGCCCAAACGCCGCUUGCAGCAAAUUCUGUCGUCCUCCUCCUCGCCCGUACCUGUACCCCUACCCACGCGCCCUGCACGGACAGCUGCCCCAGUCAGCAACAGAGAUCCCCAUGGCAAUGCCUCUCUCAGCAGCAGCAGCACUAACUCUGGCUCCUGCAAGGGCAGUGACUGCAGCCCCACCAAGGGGCGUCAUAUGAAGGCAUACACCUCGUGUAAAGAUAACCAUGGCAUCCGCCCCCCUCCCCCAGAGCAGUACCUCACACCCCUGCAGCAGAAAGAGGUGUGUAUCAGACACCUGCGGGCCCGCCUCAAGGAAACCGUCGACAGGCUGCAGGACAGGGACUCUGAGAUCGAUGAGUUGAGGACCCAGUUGUCUCGUAUGCAGGAGGACUGGGUUGAAGAGGAGUGUCACCGCGUGGAGGCCCAGCUGGCUCUGAAGGAGGCACGCAGGGAGAUCCAGCAGCUCAAGGAAGUGGUGGACGUGGUGCGCACCAACCUCAGCUCCAGCGACUCCACCGACACCGGCGUCCAGAAAUACUUCCAGGACAUCAACGUCCAGAACCACAAGCUGGAGACCCUGCUGCUCAGCAUGGAGCUGGCUCAGAACGGGGUGGCCAAGGAGCAGGAGGCUGGUGGGUCUUGUGACGGCUCCCCCGCUCGCUCUCUGCCCCGUAGCUUCACCUACACCAAGCUGAGCGACCAUGCGCUGGCGGACAAGAACGGGAACAGCGUUUUAGGGGAGGAGAACCAUGACAGUGGCUUUGUGUGCUGUGGGGAGAGUCGCAGUGCAGCCAGCAGUCAUAGUCACAGUCGCAGUGCAGCCAGCAGUCACAGGGCAGAUCUGCUUCUGGAGGCAGCCUUCCUGUCUGAGGAGACAGCCUCUCUGCUCAGCACCUACUCCCUCCUGCCACACUUCUCCACCUACGACAAGCUGUGCCCCGGGAAGGACAGGGUGGCGCCCCUUCGCUGUGCCAUGGGUGGGGCGGGCAGCGCCAGCCACCCCUGUCUGUCCCACCACCUUUACCUGCACCAUCCCAGGGAGCAGGCCGUCCAGACAGAGAGCUGCCCCGUCCCCGGGGGGGUGGGCUACGCCUCUGACCUGGACACCAUUGCAGAGCGCACAUUCCGCUCUCAGGCCUGCAGCCCCACCUCCACCUGGGUCUCAGACGAGGGAGACGACCUGGACUCGGUUACCCCAACAACCCUCAAAGCUACAACAGAGCCCGGUCCUGGCCCUCCAUUACCCAGCUCUUCCUGCCUCUCAGUGGAGGAGGAUGGGGAGGCGGUGGGGGAGUUGGAGAGGCAGACAGCGGUAGUGGGGGAGAGUGCCGGGGUGAUGGUAGAGGCAGGCAAGCAGGAGGAGGAUGGGCGAUUGGUACAAUUGUGUGAGCAUGAGGAGGUAAAGGGCCUGGGGUUGCUAGGGGAAGGAAAGCAGGAGGAGGUAAAGGGACUGGAGUUGCUAGGGGAAGGAAAGCAGGAGGAGGUAAAGGGCCUGGGGUUGCUAGGGGAAGGAAAGCAGGAGGAGGUAAAGGGCCUGGGGUUGCUAGGGGAAGGAAAGCAGGAGGAGGUAAAGGGCCUGGGGUUGCUAGGGGAAGGAAAGCAGGAGGAGGUAAAGGGCCUGGGGUUGCUAGGGGAAGGAAAGCAGGAGGAGGUAAAGGGACUGGGGUUGCUAGGGGAAGGAAAGCAGGAGGAGGUAAAGGAGUUAGAUGUAGAUAGUCAGAGGGAGGAAGUGGAGGUGAGGAAUCAGGGAGAGUUGGAGGAGGUGUGGUCGGUGGAGGACGUGUGGUCGGUGGAGGAGGUGAGGUCAGUAGAGGUGGAGGAGGUGUGGUCGGUGGAGGACUCAGUAGAGGUGGAGGAGGUGAGGUCGGUGGAGGUGAGGUCAGUGGAGGUGGAGGAGGUGAGCUCAGUAGAGGUGGAGGAGGUGAGAUCAGUGGAGGGGGAGGAGGUGAGAUCAGUGGAGGAACGGCCCCACACCUCCCAGCCCAGGAGAAGUUUGUUACAGCAGGAGGAGAUCGCUGGGGUGACGGUGGUAGAGGUUGAUGAUGAUGAAGAUCAGGCUCAGGGAGCAGUAGGGGGAGAAGAGGAGUCUACCUCGUCUGGGUCUGGACCAGCAGUGAAGAGCUACUGGAGCCGCCACUUCCUGGUCGACCUGCUGGCGGUGGCGGUACCCGUGGUGCCCACGGUGGCAUGGUUGUGCCGGGGGCCGCGGGGCGAUGCCCUGCCCAUUUACCACUUCGGCUCCCUGCUACGUGGCUGCUGCACCGUGGCCCUCAGCUCCCUGCGCAGGGCCGGGGGCGUUAGGCACUACCCCGCAGGCACAGGUGGGGCAGCCAUGGGAGGCACAGAGAUCUGAGACAGGCCCCAUGACACCCUGGGAGCUGCACACACACAACCCUGCCCUCUCUGGUCCUGGGUCGUCCUCCACCUGAUGUACUGGGUAAAGGAAUGAGUGGAGGAAUGAAUCUGAAGACAGGACAGCCUCCUAGCAAAGCGUACAUCUCUCUCCUUUGAGCCUUGCUCCUGGUGACCUCUUCCACCUCCUCUGCUGGACUGAGAAGAGACACCGGGAUGUGUUGAAGUGACACUGAAUGGACACUGAAGGAUUGAAUGGACACUGAAUGAUUGAAUGGACACUGAAUGGUAGAACUGAAUGAUUGAAUGGACACUGAAUGAUUGAAUGGACACUGAAUGAUUGAAUGGACACUGAAUGAUUGAAUGGAUACUGAAUGAUUGAAUGGACACUGAAUGAUUGAAUGGACACUGAAUGAUUGAAUGGACACUGAAUGACCUGAGGGUGUGAUUGAUGCUGAUUGUAACCUCUCUCUAGUGUGCAGGGCAACUGAACGGUCUGUCAGUCUCUGUGAGUCUCUUCAUUGUUCCAGUUCAAUUUUGACUCGUGGUGUGUAAGUAUAUGUGCACACAAGGUGUGAGUGUGUUGCGUGUGUGUUCUUCUCUGGUGUGUCGAUGUGUAGCCAAAGCACCUGGAUGUCUGAAGGCAAUCACAGCCAUAGCUGUGCAGUAGUUGGUCUGCUCAUUUUGGAGUCAAUGAUGGGACAUAUGGCCUUUCCCCCCUAAAGGUACCAGGCAAGCUGCUGCUGUACAUUUCUGCUUCCUGUCACCGGUGUCCUAGAUUAACAAUCACUCUUGUAGCAUACAGUCCAUGUCCACGGUCCAAGAGUUAGUCAUUCCAGACCCAUGAACCGGAAACAUCUCAAGAAGGAAUCAUUUGUAGAGAUAAAAGAAUUCAAACAAAGUUUAUUGUUCUGUUAAAAAUAGGGGAGGGGGAGUAUUAUGGACUUGGUGUGGGGAUUGUCACGGUAAUCUGUUGUUAUUUGAAUGUUUGCAUUGAAAUCAAAUUAUGACUGAGUUGGCAGGAUUUUAGUGUCUUGUUAUUUUGGGCUGUAAUGAAUGUAAAGUCGUUGAGAUGUAAAAUAAUUGAAAGGCUGAGCAAGCAGGCGCUGUACUGUAAUGUUUUGGUACUAGUCUUUGUUAGGGACUAAUGAGCUAACUGAUGUCCUAUGAGAUUGUGAUGCAACCAGCAAGAACAGUCCUUUGAGUUGAAGUAUAUUGAGGAGUUCAGAGAGGAAACAGGAACAGAUCUUGUCAUUUCUUUAGUCAUCCAUUCGCCAUUUUGUUCUGCACUAUUAUUCACUUUAUGAAGUUAAGCAAUUCCCUUUUCCCUAAUUGCUUGAAGUCAAGUUUGUGUUUCCAAAGUCUAAUACGUCUACGGUUUCCAUGGUAUCCAAAUUGGUAGUUACAGUCUUGUCUCAUCGCUGCAACUCCCGUACAGACUCAGAAGAGGCGAAGGUUGAGAGCCGUGUGUCCUCGGAAACACAACCCAACCGAGCCGCACUGCUUCUUGACACAAUGCCCACUUAACCCGGACUUAACCCAAUGUGUCAGCGUGCGCUGCACCCGACCCACCACAGGAGUCGCUAGUGCGCGAUGGGACAAGGACAUCCCUGCCGGCCAAAACCUCACCUAACCCAGACCAAUUGUAAGCCGCCCCGUGGGUCUCCCGGGUCGCGAACCCAGAAUCUCUAGCCUUAGACCACUGAGCCAGACCUUAUGUCUGCAGUUUUGCGUCAGAGUUUUUGUUGUUGUUGUGUGCAAUAUCAUUUUGAUAUUCCAUAACUAUUCAAUACCUGUAUUAUGGAAUACGUUUCCGAAGCUAAAGUGAAAUAAUCAACUGUAACCAAGAAACAGUGAAUUUGAAUUAAGAUUGUAGCAUAGUUGAAGAUCCUGACCAUUACAGGCUAUUUACCUUUGAAUGCUGAAAAACAUUUGCAUUCCAUGACUUUCGUUCUUGUACACAAGUGUUUUACUGGUUCCUGGAUGUACGUUUAUGUUGUUGCUCUGUAAUCCCUGUUAAUAAUGCCCACCCCCUCCCCCCUCCCCCCGGUCAUUUGUGAGGCCUGCUUGGUAAGGCCUCUAAAUGUUACAGUAAAAGCCAUAGGUGUUUGAGAAUAUCUCUAGCAGAAUCCCAAUCAUGAAAGUGUUGUGUGCGUAUAGACUGACUCAGCUGAAGUCUCCCCGACAGAACAUGACGUGCAGGGCCAACCUCACUCAGGCUGGGAGUUAGUUCCUGCCCGACCUAGACUAGAUCCCGCAGGCUUUGCGUGCCACGUCCAUCACACUGUGCAGUCUUGGCAUCAGAUUGCUACAUCAUAUGAUGUGGUUAGCUGAUAUUAUGUUAUAGACGUAUCCAGACAUUGUAAGAUCUGACAUACAUCUGCAAUGUAGUCGGGCGGGAACUCGAUUAUUUUAUACAUUUAUUGAGCAAUUCACUUGGUGUUUUUAAAGGGAAAAAAAUCCCCUCGUAAAUGUAUAUUUUGUUAUUUGUUUUCAUUAGUCAAGUUUACAAGAUAUUGGACUUUCAAGAAGCAAUGUGUCACAGUAAUGUCUCUCAGUAAUGUGGCAUGUGACACAUUGCUUAUUGAAAGUCCAAUAUCUUGUAAACUUGACUGCUGACAUGGGACCGUAUCAACAGUGGACUAAUAAAAUAUAUAUAUAUACAUUUGAGGGGAUUUUUUCUCUCUCCCUUUUAACAGUAAAACACCAGCUCUGCACAAAAUAAGCUUAACGAACUGUAUUGUUUGUGUCUGGGGUGUUCCGUUAAUUAAAAGGCUUUUAUAGGUAAUGCUUAUGUUAGAAUCACAGUCUGCUAAUUGCUUGUUAUUACCCAACAGCUUUGUAUUUUUCUGGGUUUUGAAGCAUCGUGUGAUUUCUGAUGUUCUGGCGUUGCCAGCAUAGCACUUUAACAAGCCCAGUUCUUUCCAUGUACACUGUUCCACCCGCUGCUCUGAAGCAUUUCAUUUGGUAAUGCACUGCUAUGAUGUUAAGUGUUAUCUGUCCUGUGACUUUUUUUUAUUUGGGAAUAAUUCCCAGUCACCAGUGUACCUGUUUUUGUGUGAAAAAGCUUUUAGCAUCAACAUAGACGAUCAGGCUUUUAUUGGUGGCUCGAAAAUAACUACCCAAAUCACAUUUGGAGUCAUCGGAGCUUGCAUUAGUACAUAGUUCAUGUAGUGUCAUCGCUAUAUAUAUAUAUAUAUAUAUAGCACUAAACACUGUCAAAAUGUUUGAGGAAUUAUUUUUAAUUUUUAAUUGUUGUGACAUUGCUAAAGGGGUAGACUAGUCUUUUGCUUUGGAAACUAAAGAAUAUUGUCUUUUUUAACAGGUUUCCCUACUGUGUUACUGUAUCCUACAUCGAUUUCACUCAUCUUAUUUCACAAUAUGAUUGAAAGAUAUAUUACCUCAGAAAUUGUCUGUGUUUCAUAAGUUCACUUCAAGUAGACCUGGUGCACUUUACUGUUAAGUCUUGAGACUGGCUGGGUCAUUAGCAUCGGAAGAGUGAGGCUAUAGUCAGAUCUGAGAUUGUGUGUUUCGCUGAGAUAUACAGUACAAUCUUUGGGGGAAAUCAUUUGAAGUUCUCCUUAUGAGCUGUUGUACUGAAUGUGCACUCUUAUUUUUUUUUUCCUUUAAAUUGUCCAAUUAUUUGUUUGACGUGUAAUGGGAUCUAUACCCAAGAUGGUUGAGUUCUAUAAUAUCUGUAACUGAAAGGUAUUUUCCCUCUUAAAUGCCUUGUAUGGGGAUAAAACAGCAAUCAAUACUUAAUAGCUGUAGCUAGUUAGAUCAAUUAUCUUUAAUGGGAAAAUUAAAUAUUUUAAUGGCAAUAGUAGCGACAUCACUGUUCUUCAGUACAGAUCCAUUGUUCACUCCCACCAUACUGAAUAAAAACCAAAUGACUCUAUAUUAAAACAG